AUGGGCCGACACCAGAGGAGUGCGCCGCACAAUGGGCCGACACCAGAGGCCGACACCCGAGGAGUGCGCCCGUUUGAACCCGAUCGUCACGGAAACAAAGCGCUCAAGUCGGGUUCAUGGAGGACCACGCCCAGAGAGGCACAUUCAGAGAAGCUACCGACUCUGCCGGCGCCACAGAUGGACGACGGCCUCGCAACGGACUCGCCACAAAAGACUUUAUGUGAGUCACAGACCACAGGGUCCACCCGGCCCAACGGAACCAGACCACAGGGUCCACCCGGUCCAACGGAACCAGACCACAGGGUCCACCCGGCCCAACGGAACCAGACCACAGGGUCCACCCGGUCCAACGGAACCAGACCACAGGGUCCACCCGGUCCAACGGAACCAGACCACAGGGUCCACCCGGUCCAACGGAACCAGACCACAGGGUCCACCCGGCCCAACGGAACCAGACCACAGGGUUCACCCGGUCCAACGGAACCAGACCACAGGGUUCACCCGGUCCAACGGAACCAGACCACAGGGUUCACCCGGUCCCACGGAACCAGACCACAGGGUUCACCCGGUCCCACGGAACCAGACCACAGGGUUCACCCACCCGGUCCAACGGAACCAGACCACAGGGUCCACCCAGGGUCCACCCGGUCCAACGGAACCAGACCACAGGGUCCACCCGGUCCAACGGAACCAGACCACAGGGUCCACCCGGUCCAACGGAACCAGACCACAGGGUCCACCCGGUCCAACGGAACCAGACCACAGGGUCCACCCGGCCCAACGGAACCAGACCACAGGGUCCACCCGGUCCAACGGAACCAGACCACAGGGUCCACCCGGUCCAACGGAACCAGACCACAGGGUUCACCCGGUCCAACGGAACCAGACCACAGGGUUCAGCUCCACCCGGUCCCACGGAACCAGACCACAGGGUUCAGCUCCACCCGGUCCAACGGAACCAGACCCGGCUGUGUUUGUCCGAGUCGGUUUGUCUGA